AUGUCAUAUCAUCAGGACCCAUAUGACUUUAUUAACCCAAAUCCAGAUGAAGAGGGCACUCUGUCUGAGGGAGAUCUACAGCACAAUGCACCCUAUGUGUCAUGUAUAAAGGAGCUGGAGCGGGUUCUGAAAACACACCAAAGCAAAGACAAAGAGAACUGGAAAGAGGAGUCUGGCUCCGAGAAAGAGCAGUUAGCUGAAGAAGAUGAGGAUGACUUAAAGGAAGUGUUGGAUCUGAGGAAGAUCGCAGUACAGCUACUACAACAAGAGCAACAGAACAGGUUUCUCAGCCACUCAGGGAGUAGUACCAAACAAAGAACCCCAUCUCAGGCUGUUAGAAGUGCAUCACUAGAUGAAGGAAGCAGCUCAGCCUCCGCCUUGAGUGGACAGGAGACUGAUCUCACUGAUGAUGAUGCAGCUUUCUCUGAGCCUUCUUCCUCUUGCUCGUUUGAUGGAAGUUUGAAAUCAGAGAGCAGUGACUCAGAGCCAAGAUGGCCAGAGGUUCCUCCUGUGCUCAACCAGAAUGAGGAUCGGAGGAGAAACAAGUACCUGAGAAAAGACUACCUGAAGUAUAAGUGCCAAAGUGCUCGAAGAAACUCCAGUGGCAAUGACAAUGAUUGUGAGGAGGGAAUGCGAUCUAAUGAUUUCACCACAACUCUGACUGUUUUUGGCCUGAAACCCAGAUCAGCGUUCUCCCGUGGAAAUCGUCAAGACUUUAGCUCCACAGAACCAAGCUUCACCAUGAGGAGAAAAAUGGAGCACCUCAGAGAGGAGAUGGAGCAGAUCAGACUCUUGCAGCAGAACCUAGAGUCUAGGCUAAAGGUUUUGUUGCCAGACGAUGUGGGUGCUGCUUUGAUGGAUGGUGUUGUUUUAUGCCAUCUGGCUAAUCACAUUCGUCCUCGUUCUGUAGCUAGCAUUCAUGUACCUUCCCCUGCUGUGCCAAAGCUGAGUAUGGCCAAGUGUCGGCGGAAUGUUGAGAAUUUCUUGGAUGCAUGUAAAAAGCUUGGAGUGCCACAGGACAUGUUGUGUUUGCCGCAUCACAUCCUGGAGGAGCGAGGUCUGGUAAAGGUUGGUGUCACUGUACAGGCACUGCUGGAUCUUCCAUCAUCAAAACCCAACCAACUUUCUACCAUGUAGCAUCACUGGAUCAUGGGACGUCCACUAGCAUCCCUUUAUCCUGCCUUACCACCUCAUCCUCACUCCUCACUCUCAGUGCUGAUCUUUGAACUACUAUGGGGAAGUCAUGACCCUUCACCCUUCACAACUGUGGUGAACAGGCCGGCUUCCCCCUACCUCUUAUAAGCCUCUAUGGAGGGCUCUAGACAUUUUAAAGCUCCAGUAUUGUGCCCUAUAUGAGGGAAAAUUAAAUUCUUAAAGCCACACAUUUCAUUCUGUGGGGAAAUACCGGUUUCUAUUCCACAGCUGGCAAUGCUGUCUGUCCCCUCUUAAUGCUGGACACUUCUGUCUCCUUUCUUUUGUAUCUUCUUCUCAUCUCUCAUGUUCACUCUUCUCUUGGACCGGUGAGCCCCCAGCGGGUGAGGACAGGAGAAAAGCCUGCAGCUAUCUGGCUGAUUCUGGAGCAGAGGGAAGAUGUUAUCUCAAUGUCACUCCAGCCCUCUCCUGUAUGAAGUCUCUAAGAGCUGUCUAACAUCUUGUUACAUUCUGACUGUUGUUUCCUGUCUGUUUGAAGAAAUAAGUGAGGCAGAGACAUGUAUUGAUGUGCAUCUAAUAACCAGAUCUGCACUGAGGACACCUGGAAAGGACAGACAAAGGUGUUUCCAUAAAAAUUGUCAUUGCUGUCACAGCUGUUGAUGUACUGCAGUCAGGUGAGUCAUUGGCAGUGCAUUAGAGAGUAUUCAUUUUUUUUCUGCAUGCCUGGAAGGUUUUAACAGUGAAGACACUGCUCACGUGCCUGCACAAGACAAAGACUUUUUUGUGUUCUUUUACAUACAUGCCAGCGUUUGCCAAAUGUUUGUUUUUCCAUGACUGUUUUUCUCACAGGUUUUAUUUAGUGCUUUACUUCUCACAGCCUGCGUGUGCCAGGAAUUCACAACAUCAUAAAGUUUCGCGAGUACCAAUGUAAUUGCAUUGUGCUAAAUUUUUGUCUGUUGUGCAGGUCUGGGCAGGUAUGUAAAGUUUCUGCACUAAAAAUAGGCCAAC